UACAAUGUCAAUUAUCAUAACCUAGCUAGCUAAUAACUACUUCUUUCCUUGAUCUACUUACCUAGUACUCUCUCUUAAGAAAGUAGAAAAAGUACAAGCUAUAUAUAUAGCUAGGGAGCCAAGAAAUCUGGGCUUUCUAGUAGCUAGAUCUCAAACUCUGCACAACAAAUAACCUGUUUCCAUUUGUUCACUUCCAACAAAGAUUUCUUAUAUAGGAGAUUGAUUUUGUUAGUCUAAAAAACAUAUACACUGUUAGAGUUUUCAUUUUGUAGGAGAAAAAAAGAAGAUGGGGUUGAGAGAUAUCGAAGCAACACUGCCACCGGGGUUUAGGUUUUACCCAAACGAUGAGGAGUUAGUUUGCCACUAUCUAUACCAAAAGAUUAAUGGAUCAUCAAAAGGGUCGUCGUUAAUGGUGGAAGUCGAUUUGCAUGCUUGUGAACCUUGGCAGCUACCAGACGUAGCGAAGCUUGGUGCAACCGAAUGGUACUUUUUCAGUUAUCGUGAAAGGAAAUAUUCGACUGGUUUUCGAACUAAUCGAGCUACUGCAUCUGGGUACUGGAAAGCCACUGGAAAAGAUAAGCCAGUUUAUGAUCCAACUACCCACGCAAUUGUGGGAAUGAGAAAGACGUUAGUGUUUUAUCGUGACAGAGCUCCUAAUGGCAUCAAAACUGAAUGGGUCAUGCAUGAGUUUCGGUUGGAGAAUCAACAUAUGCCUCCUAAGGAUUGGGUUCUAUGCAGAGUAUUCCACAAAAGCAAAGGAGAAUUAAAUACAGAAAUUGGGUCCGAAAAGGAUAACAUUUUCGGCAUUACUUCUUAUUAUCCUAAGCUAUUGGCUUCACCAUCUGCAAUGGAUUGUUGUCAUCAUAGUAUAACCAUGCAACCAGGUGAACAACAACUAGUUACCUCAUCAUUCUCAUCAUCAGAAAUACCACACUUUCACCAGUACGAAAACAGUAAUCCAAAUAAUUCCCUGGUAAAUUUAUCGGAUGCAAACUUUAAUCCUAACUCACCAGUACUCGAGUUUCUUACUUCUGAAGAGAAUAACAUACCGAUGAUCAAUAUGACUAUCCCUAGAAAUUGCGAUGAUCAAUAUGGGUUUCUUUGUGAUAAGUACUUUGAAGAUAAUAACUUUGUGGAUUGAGGUAUAAUAGUGAUGCUCACAUGUCAUACGUUCGAAAGAGAUUAUCAUCAAGUUUGUGCAUUAUAAAUAUAGUGUUGUUAUUGUUUGGGUUUUGGGAGAUCGAAUAAUAGGGUUUUAGAGUGUAGAAGAUUGAUAUUGUGGAAUAUAUAUAUAUUGUAAAUUCAAGUAAGAAGUAUAGAAUAUUGAAUAUGUUUGUACUAAAUAAAUUAUUCAGUUACUCUUUCUGCA